AUUACUGUCUCGACCCGCAGUUGAACAAGAUACUCCGAGCCUGUUCAUUCGUUUAUUGUUGAACCUGUAGAUGUGAGGAGCGGUUUACGGUCCAGUACAACGGAUCAUUCCGCUAAUGAAAAGGGAACUCCCACAUCUACUCCUAACUCGUAGAAGAAGUGAUCCCUCUGGGUCUUGGAGAAAAUAAUGGAAGGAGGAGGAGCACAUCUCGGGACUGAGCCCAAGAAGAAGCCAUCACAGAGAACCCAAAUUUUCUCCGCACUCUCAGCUACCCUAGCGGGACUAGCCCACGGAACCGUGACCACAUACACAUCCCCCGCAGGCCCCAAACUCCAAAAUCCAGUCAGUCCAUUGGACGGAGACCUCCGCCUCAGUAAACUUGAAUACGACUUUUUCUCUUCGAGUAUCUGUCUGGCGGGAGCUGUUGGAGCCCUGUGCUUCGGAUAUGUUAUGAACAAAUGGGGCAGAAAGAUCUCUCUCAUGGUCACUGCAGCUGUGAUUACCAUAGGAUUCGCGAUGAUCGCCGCUGGGCCAAACUUUCCCGUCCUCAUGAUCGGGCGACUUUUGACCGGAUUCGGGCAGGGAGGAGCACUUCUGACUGUGCCGUCGUACAUCGGAGAAAUUGUUGCCCCUAAUAUCAGGGGCGCCCUCGCCGCUUGCUUCUCCGUCAUGAUCAAUUUCGGCAACCUGUGGGCCUAUGUGUUCGGAGCCAUCAUUCCCAGCUGGCGGUGGUUCACGGGCGUGAACGCCAUCCCUGCACUCUUAUGCUUCGUCUGCGUGUGUUUCAUCAAGGAGUCCCCGCAAUUUUUGCUCCUGAAGCAGAAACCCGAAGAAGCAAGGAAAACGCUUCAGUACUUCAGAGGUGAGGAAUGUGACAUUAAUGACGAAUUCGACAAGAUGGAGAAGUUUGUCGAAGAACUGAAGCAGAACCGCGGCUCCUUCAAGGACCUCCUGUUGCCUCACAACUUCAAGCCAGCUGCCAUUUGCUUUAUGGUGCUCUUCCUCGAUCAAGCUAGUGGCAUCAUGCCUCUUCUGCUGAAUCUUCGUACUAUAUUUACGGAGGCAUCUGCUAGCGUCUCCGAUGAUUUGUCAUCCAUAAUCACUGGGAUCGUUCAGUGCUUAGCUUGUGUGUUUUCCGUCUUCGUGAUAGACAAAACAGGUCGGAAGCCGCUGUUGAUUAUGUCUUCUGCCGUCAUGUGUUUAUCUUUGGUGGCCUUGGGCGACUACUUCUACCUGAAGGAGGAGAGCAGCGAAUGGGCAAGGGCCACUCUAGGAUGGCUGCCUCUGACUUGCCUGGUCCUGUUCAUGUCAGCCAUGAAUGGGGGAUUCUUUCCUGUCCUGUACGUUCUAAUGGGUGAACUCAUCACGCCGGAGGCGAGGGGCAUAGCUGGGGGCAUAGCCAUCAUGCUGAGUUCCGUCUCGGGAUUCGCUGUCUCCAUCACCUUCCACCCAAUGCAGGAGGCCAUGGGAAUGUAUGGGGUGUACUGGUUCUACGGAUCCAUGUGCUUCGGUGCUCUCCUCUUCGCCGUCGUUGUCGUACCGGAGACGAAAGGGAAGACUAUGCAGCAAAUUGCGAGUUAUUUUAACAAUCCUGCAGCAUGAGUCCCGUGAGUAGCAGGCAGGGCCAGUAUAGAAUCGGGUUCAAGAAGGACACGCAAGCUCACGAGCUGGCGAAGGACAUUUUGCCGAUGACUCCGUGAUGUCUGCUAUGCCGCGUUGAGUAAUCUCCAAGUCAGUUCAACUCGAUAUUCAGAUACGAUUAUAAAGCUCUCCUGAUAGACUUAUGGCGAAGCUGAUUUGAUGUGAUACCCAUUGGUAACGAAAUGAAGUGUUUAUAUAUUUUGUACCGUUUUAUAUAUUAUAUGAAUGAAGUCUAUUACCCAAAUAACCCUUGAAUAUAUUAUUGUUAUACCUUUUACUUCAACAUUUUCUCUUUCUCAGUCUUGGUUAAAUAUUAGACUUAUUUCUUAUGAACGGAAAAUGAAUUAACCAAGUGAACAUUUCAUACUUCUCCUCUCCGUCCCCAUCUCUUUCUUGGUUUUCCUCGUCUUCUUUACCCUGCACUUCUAUCUCCAGCUUACUUUCCAAUAUGGCCUUCACCCCUUCUCAUUAGGUGUCCGUCCAUAUCUCAAUCUCCCAUCCUGCACUUUAUUUGAUAUCUUGAUAUUUCAACCACCUUUGUUGACCCUUUUAUAUAGUCUCAUUUCUAAUCCUAUCUUUCUUCAUUGCAGCAGCCAUCCAUCCUAACAUUCUCAUCUCUGCUACGUCCAUUUCCUUCUCCUCUGUCUAGGUCAUACUUGCCGUUUCUGUACCACACAGCACAUCUGGUCUUCCCACUGCCUUAUGGAUCUUUCCCUUCGGUCUUAAUGGCACUCUUUUGUCACGAAAGGCUGCAGAGGCAGCUCUCCAAAUGUUCCAACCUGCUUGUAUCAGGUGUUUUACUUCCUCAUCCAUUAUUCCACCAGCCCCAAACUAUAGACCCCAAGAAUUUGAACUUUUCUACUCUCUUAUUUCUUCUCCAUCCAACCUUGUACUCUCCCUACCAUUCCCCCUCAAUUUAUUAAUUUCCAACAUCUAUUUUGAAAAUCAUGAUGGAUAGCAUGACAGGGGAGGUAAGAGAGACAGUGCCAUGGAGCAUAUAUGCAGAAGACAUUGUUGUAAGCUGAGAUGAGGGAGGUUCUGGAAGGGAAGUUGAAGAGGUGGAGAAUAGUAGCACUGGAGGUUAGAGGAAUGAGGGUAGGCAGGUCAGAGACAGAAUAUAUGUGUACCACCUUCCUCUCAGCAUACAACAAUGUCCUCUGUAUUUAUGCUCCAUGGCACUGUCUUUCUUACCUCCCCUGUCAUGCAAUCCAUCAUGAUUUUCAAAACAGAUAUUGGAAUUAAUAAAUAAAUAAUCAAAUAGACAUUAAAUUAAUCAAAUUAGUCACUUGAAAGAGUGCUUGUUAUGACAACCAUCGAAUUAGCUAGUUUGAGGUUUGGUGGCCCCAAAUAUUGCUCUGAAUCACUUUUGUCCUCUUUAUUAAAAUCUCUUGUAUAAAGCUAUGUUGGAAUAAUAAUAAUAAUAAUAAUAAUAAUAAUAAUAAUAAUAAUAAUAAUAAUAAUAAUAAUAAUAAUAAUAAUAAGGUGUGAUCCAAUUUCCAGUGUACUCCGGGUGCAUGCUAAAAUCUAAGGUGAAAUAGCGCGUUGUUUCACCAACAAAAAUUAAAAUAAAUAUGCUAUAAUAUUUUAUUAGAAAUAAUAGUUCUGUACUGUUUAACAUGCACAUUAUUUAUUUUUUACAUUUUCCUGUUAAUAAACAAAUAAAAAAUAUUCUAUAUGAAAAUUCCUGUAUCUUUAACUGAAUGCAAAACACCUGUUUCAGACCUUUUUUUAAGGCUUUUCCAUAGGGCUUUCCUACUCCUCAAAAUGACAACAACAACAGCAAGAACAGCAACAACAAGAACAACGACAACAACAACAAAGUAGUUGUAGGCUUACUCCCCGAGUAAGCGUAAAUGUGUAUCCUUCAAUAGGUUUAACGGAAAUAAAUCUACGGGUUUUGAGAUCCUGUUGUUCGAGAAAACUUCAUUGAAUAUAAAUAACAUUUUGGUACUUCGUGACCAUGAGCUUUAACAAGAAUGAAGAUUAACUUUUUUUUAUCAUCUCAGCAUGUGAUUCUUAUCAGUAUGCUCAUCAUCAAAACCACCUCCAACCCAAAUGGCCUCUAAUUUUACGUUAAAUUCGUCUUUCAUUCCUCCAAAGAGGUCAUUCGUUGUUAUGCAGCACGCUGUAUUACCAUAUAGCAUUAUUUGUAUUCAAGUCUUGCAAAGUGUAGCUAAUGUACUGCCCAAUGCCCACCACUCAGUCAGUGCCUUUACAUUUGGUGUUAAGAUUAUGCUAACAACUCUCUACCAGUUCCAUUUGCUAUUCCUAAAUAAACAUAUACAUUUUCCAA